AGAGGUAACCAUCACUGAGAGCAUCGCUUCAGGACCAUGGACAGAAUUCCCUCAGCGAACCUUCUCACCACGCUCCUCACGUUUUUACUUCUGCAGGGCGUUCUCAACGUACAGACGAGGAGCCUCGUGGGCUCUGGCAACCAGGUUUUCCAGUCAAAGGACGAUGCUAAUAUUCCGAACAGAAUUAUUGCUUUGUUGCUGCAUAACAACAUUAUUCCAGACCAAGAAGAUGUGAUUGGGCUUGAGUUGGGCAGUAGGCUUGCAGAGCUACAAGAGGUGGAAGCCCUCAGAGAAGAACUGAACCUCAAGAGGCAGCUGGCCUCCAGAGCAAAGGGUAGAACAAAUUCUCAGCCUAGUAAAAGGGGGGAUGCUUGUUUUUGGAAGUACUGUGUGUGAUGCUCACUUCUGGACGAAGAACAUUAUCUACUGCCUUAAGAUCUCUACAAUAACAACAGGGAAAUCCUUUAGAAGAUAGAAAAAUAAGAUGUUUCUUAAAAAGUAGCAAACCAUUAUGAUGCUUUUUUCUUUGAUAGUUGAGCUUCCUGUAUCUUGUAUAUCACUGACUGAUGUAAUAAAUGGAUUAACUAAACAUGUGACCAAUCCCUGUUCACAGACAGUAACUCUCUUGCACCAGCUAUGUCAACACCUGAACAUGCAUAAUGUACCACGUUUCUGCUUGUCCUGUAAAACCGCUCACUCUUUAUAAACUGACUCUUUCAUAAGGUUUUGUCUCCCUCUAUUG